CUCCGUUAUACCAGAUUAGAUAUUGAACCGUGAAGAACGAAACUGUCUCAUUGAUGAAGGUCGUUCUGAUUUCUGGUGAAUGUUGUUUUUAUUUUUGUUUUUUUCGUCGACUACUUGAUUCUUACAAACUAUCUCGUCAACAUUGACAUAUUUGUUAGUACUCAAGGAAACAAUCGGCAAAGUGUACAGAAGUUUCUGAAAUUGCGCAUUUCGGCGAAAUUUUACUAGGAGAAGCGCGUUUUUGGUUGAUUUCGUGUCGAUUUCACGAAUAGUUUCAUUCUUUCUUGAGAUAAGUUAGAGCCGUUCAUGGAGGCAAUUCGGCAGCUUGGACUCAACAUACAGAACUUUCUUAAUUCAAAAAAUAGCCCGAAUUACGACGAACUUUUGUUUCAACAUGUUGAGUACUCUUUAGAUGCGAUUCAAACUGCUGUAGACAAAUUUGGCCUAACAAACAUUGCAAUGUCGUUUAACGGCGGCAAAGAUUGUCUAGUCUUGUUUGCACUAUUAGUUUAUGUCGUAUGGAAACAUGCGGGCGAAGAAUCUGAAUCCAUACUCUCUAAAAUCCCAUUCGUAUUUGUUAGACCCACAGAUGAGUUUCAGGAGAUGGACGACUUUGUCUUUGAAUGCCAAAAGUUAUACAACUUAAAAGUGGUUGCCUUGACCGAUCCUAUGAAGGAGGCAUUUAGAAAGUUUAUGCAGACGGCGCCGACUACAAAAGCAAUAUUUAUUGGCAUUCGUCGACUGGAUCCUCACGGUAUGCAUCGCAUAACAUUUGAACCCACUGACCAUGGAUGGCCCCAAUUUACACGGAUCCAGCCCAUACUCGAUUGGUCAUAUCACGAAGUCUGGGAGUUUAUUCUCAAAACAAAAGUUAAGUACUGCAGACUGUACGACAAGGGUUAUACUUCCCUUGGCGGAAAACGGGACACUGCUCCUAAUCCCGAAUUGAGAAAGCCCGAUGGAACCUAUUUUCCCGCUUACGAGCUCAAAGAUGAGAAACUAGAGCGUUCCGGACGAAACUUGACGGUUCCAUUCGAGCGUUCUCUCUCUCGUGACCUUUAUGAUUCUUCCCAUUCUUCUCAAGUCUCUUUAAAAGAGCAUUGAUUUUCUUAACGAACUUUAGACUAACACUGUUUUUCAUAUAUGUUGCUCAAUGAAAGUAUGUAAACCAGA